AGCCCACCAACAUGUUGGAUGUCAGAGCUAUUCUGUGGUUGGAGAACUACCUGCAGACCUGGCAGUCCACCAUCCUGGUCGUCUCCCACGACAGAAACUUCCUGAAUGCCGUGGUCACAGACAUCAUCCACCUGCACUCCCAGAGGCUUGACAGUUACCGCGGCAACUACGAAAAUUUUAUUAAAACCAAAGAGGACCGACUGAAGAACCAGCAGAGAGAGUACGAGGCCCAGCUGCAAUACAGACAGCACAUACAGGUUUUCAUCGACAGAUUUCGGUACAACGCUAACCGAGCAGCUCAGGUGCAGAGUAAACUCAAACUCCUGGAGAAGCUACCUGAGCUAAAGCCCAUCGAGAAGGAAAUUGAAGUCACGCUCAGGUUUCCAGAUAACUUUGAGAAGUUAUCUCCGCCCAUCCUGCAGCUGGAUGAAGUCGAGUUUUACUACAGUAAAGACCAGGCGCUGUUCUCCGGACUCAACCUGUCAGCUGACCUCGACUCUCGGAUCUGCAUCGUCGGUGAAAACGGUGCUGGUAAAACCACCGUCCUCAAGUUGCUGAUGGGCGAGUUGACCCCGGUCAACGGAGUCAGGCAGGCUCACAGGAACUUGAAGAUCGGUUACUUCAGUCAGCACCAUGUGGACCAGCUGGACCUGAACGUCUGCUCUGUGGAGCUGCUCCUCAACAAGUUCCCCGGUCGGACCGAGGAGGAGUACCGCCACCAGCUGGGAGGUUACGGUAUCACGGGGGAGUUGGCCACGAGGCCGGUGGCCAGCCUAUCAGGAGGACAGAAGAGCCGCGUGGCCUUCGCUCAGAUGACCAUGCCAUGGUAACUGGAUGACUGAAUGUAGUGUAAAGCGCUAUACAAAUACAGGCCAUUUACCAUUUCUUCAGAGGGUCCAACACAGGGGCGGAGCUAGACUGUUGACACAGAGUGGGCGGGACUAAAAAAAUGUUAAAAUGAUGCAGCCAUAGUGUUUCCACAGGUUUGAUGUAAGUAAACAUAGAGGCAACAAACCUUCCUUUAAAUACGAUGCCUAUUAGAAACACACGGCAGUCAUC